AUGGCCGCCUUGCGAUUGUCACUAGCGGCCUGCUGGCUGGCUAAGGCCGCUGUCGUAGAAUGGGCGUUUUGCUGCCUGCUCAUCGCUACUCGCGGCAUCGCGGUCGUCUCGGGGUUCGCCGCGGUCGAGCUCCAGGCGUUGCUGCACGAGUCCAUGCCCAAUGCCGCAUCUCGCUGGUUUCUGUUGCAGUUGCAUUUGCACCUGGAUGACUUGACCAUCAUUGCGUCCGGUUUCUCCGGGGAUUUGUUUUUCUUUUGCCUCUUGCUGACGGUCUCGCCCAAGAAGUCGUUACCGUCGCUUCGAUUCCCCGGCCAGCGCCCCGGCAUGCCAUGCGGCGUGGACAUCGUCGGCGCUUCCAGCGCGCACUUGCAUCGCGCGCAAGUCGCAGCGCUCAGGGCGGCGCUGCCGCCAGGCGCCAACUGGAACGUCCGCGUCGGCUUCGCCGUCCUCGAUGCUGGGGGCGAUUCCAUCGAUCCCGCCCGCGCGGCGCAUGCCGCCCCAUUGCCCCAUUGGGGCUUGGUUCGCUGGCAGGGCCUGAUGCUCGCAGAGGACCUGGGCGCUGUUUUCGAGCUGUCCCAGGGUCGCGUGGCCAGUGUUAUGGGCGGCGGCUGGCCGCCGUGGCCCGUCGCGGCUGGCCCCGGGGCGGGCGUCGCAGCUGCGGCUUGUCGCCCCGAGUGGACGCGCUCAACGCCGCGGCUUUUGGCGAACGACCUCGGCGGGCCCGUCGAGUCCCUCCUCGCGCCCUCCGCGAUGGCGGCAGCUGCAGUGCGCGGAUCCGUCGGCCCGUGGCGCGCGCAGCGGGUCAGCGGCGAUCCUGACGCGCAUCUCGACCGGGGCGCUGGCGCGGUCGCCGUCCUCGACCGCGGGCGCCCGCGCAGCACGCUGCCGCAGCGGCCGGGCCCGCCGCCGCGGGGGGUCGGCGGCCGCGGGCCCGGCGGGCCAGGCUGCGGGGCGGCCGACGUCGAGGGCCAGGCCUGCCAGCUCCGCGGAGCAGGGGUGGCCGCCCUCUGGUUCACGGAUUCGCCCGGCGUCUUUCGCGCCGAUUUCUGUUGGUGCACGGGCGGCUCCGUGAAUUCGAAUCCAGCGCACCGCCUAGGUCCAGCUUCGGGGCUUCCCAACAUCUCAGAGGAUCUCGCGGCGCACGAGGGAGCGGUCUUGAGCGCAGUCGCGCGCGCCGCGGACCACCGCGAGCGCGUCCUGCGUGGCCUGGGCUGCGCCGCGAGGCGGGUCGCGGAUGGGCUGGUGCACUUCGGUGACUUGCUUUUGCUGACUAACCGCGCCACUGGCGGCCUGCUGCAGGCGGACCCCGCCGGGAGCGUGCCCGUGCCCGCCGCCUCGCGGGCGGGGCCCGCGGGGACCGGCGCGCCCCUCUCCACGGGGCUGGCGCUCGCGGCGUGCCCGCGGAGCCGUGUUCACGGUGUCCCGGGUCCGGGACGACGACGGCUUCGGGGAGGACCCUCGCCUGCACUACGGCCAGCUGCUCCGGCUCGGCACGGGCCCAGGGCUGCACGACCGGCCGCUGUACGUCCUCGCCGCCGCCUCGGGCGGAGGCCUGGCGGGCCUCGAGGACGAGGUGCUCGGCGAGGGCGAGACGCUGGCCUGCCUCUACGCGCGCGCGGCGGCGGGCACGCAGUGGCGCGCCGUGCCGGCCGCCCCCGCCGCCGAGGGAGCAGGCCGUGCCAUCGGGGCCCCCGUGCUGCUCGAGAGCGCCGCCGAGGGGCGCGGCCUGCGGUCCGACCGCACCGUCCGCAUGACCAGGUACGGCAACGAGUUCCGCGUGUUCUGCGGCGGGGCCUCGGGCAGCUCGAGCGCGCCGUCCGCCGCGGUGUGGUCGUUCGUGGACUCGCAGUGGGUCGAGGAACAGGUCGCGAGCGCCAGGGGGAGCGGCGCCAUCAACGGGCGCGCCCUGGCGUCGCUUGGCGACGGCGAGGGCCCGCGCGACCCGGUGCGGGCGUUGCUGCAGGACCCCGUGUUCCGCGCCGAGCACGACCUCCGCGCGCUCGACCAGAGGGGCGGCGGCGCGCGCGCGUACGCCGUGCUGGAGCGGGUGUUCCCGCUGCUGCGCUCGAAGGGCAUGCACGUGGCGGGCCAGCUGAGAAAGAUGUGUGUCGCCGCGGACGUCGACGGCGACGGCACCUUGCCGCUGGCCACCUUCCAGGGCCUGAUCAGCGGCGUCGGGCUUCGCAUCCACGCGAAGGACGAGGUGGAUCAGCUCACCGCCCUCUUCGGCACCGACGCGGGCCGCGGG